AUGCUACUAUUUUCAAUGCUCAUCGUUGUUCUAGCAUCAUAUCAACUUGAUGCUCAAUCGCGCAACGAGAUUGACGCAGCAAUGUUAAAAGUGAAACGAUACCUUCUCCUUUCACCAAGACUAGUAGACAGCGAUGACACACAGUGGUUACCAAAUAGUGGCAAAAUUGGCGUUGGAUAUGAUUUAGUUAAGGGUUCACCAGUUUGUUACACGGGGCAAUGUCAAAUGGAAGGAUUUAGACAGCCCGUUUUCAAACUUGACAUGACCAAACGAGCGGAAGGGUCUUGUACCAAUAAAUUCAUUCCCAAGAACGUUAAUCUUGAUUGCCUAUCGUCGACACAAAUAACAGCAAAUACAGAGAGUAUUACUACACUAGAUCAACUGAUGGAGAAUACGAAGAGAAAUAUUGAUUUCUCAUUGAGUAUGGAAGGUUUUGUCGAAUUCGACCGUUUAUUUCACUCGAACAACCCCAUCACUUGGGUACGUCUCUCUGCUUUUACGCCUUUACUCGAGCUGUCGGAUCAAUUUCGUUAUGUAAUUGAUAACAUGCCGUGUUGUAAUCAGUCACAUGAACUCGAUCAAUAUAUUCAGGAAUUUAUCAUCGAGUUUUUUGGCAUUAUGUAUGUCAAGGACUUACUUCUCGGCGGUAUUGCACAGCAGAACAUUAUUGUCUCCGAAGAGAAUCAAAAGAAUCUUCGAAUGAACGGGUUUACCACUGCACACCAGGGUGAACUGAAGAUAGCUGCUGCUAGUAUUUUUUCUGCCUCUACUAAAUUGUCGAUGACUGAACAAAUUGAUCAGACAAGGCUGAACACAUUUAAGAAGUUUUCACAACAAAAUAGUAUCAUAACUCUUGGUGGUGGAGUCAGUAUGCAGUCAAUCGAGGAAUGGUCAAAAACUGUUUCGUCGAAUCCAACAAUUAUUAAGUUUGGUAUUGCACCAAUAAUUGAUCUUCUUACUGCUAGACGUUUUCCACAGGAUGUUAAAAUAACAUCAAAGAGAGACUUGAUCCGACGUGUACUAGAGAUAUAUUUGACAAAUCAAUUGUUUUGUUAUAACAAUUGCUCACAGCAUGGAUUAUGUGUAGCAACUAAAUACUUUGGGUUCGGACAAUGCCUCUGCGACCGAGCAUGGAGUGGAAUUGAUUGUUCUAUUGCUGUGGGAAGCGGAAACCAGAUACCACUAUAUAGAUAUGCGACCGGUGAUCUUCAUUUUUAUACGACAAGUGAGACUGAAAUUGGAACGAUCACUCCCGGUUCUGUUGGGAAACUUGGAUAUAUUUUUGAAGGUAUCGCGUGUAAUUUACUGAAGGAACAACAGCCUAACACAAUACCCUUAUAUCGAUAUGGUGCAGGUUCAUACUCUCAUUUCUACACAACCAAUUGGGCUGAAAUUGGUACCAAUGCACCUGGUACAGUAGUUAACGGCUGGACAAUGGAGGGGAUACUUGGAUAUGUUUAUGGAACAAAACAGCCUGAUACAUGUCCUCUUUAUCGUUACUGGAAGCCAGGUCAGCACUUUUAUACAGUAGACCCAUGUGAAAUUGGUGUUGUCAAGCCUGGAUCGAUCGGUUCCCAUGGUUUUAAAUCAGAAGGCAUGGUUGCUUAUGUAUUGACGACUUUCAAAUGUGAAACAAUUGCAUGUCAAUGA